AUGAGUUAUAAUCCCUUUUCUAUUACAAAUUUAUAUGAUAUAAAGAAUCGCAGCUAAAAUAAUGUGUAGCCUUUGAAUUCUGCAUUAAGCAACUACCAAAAUAGGAGUAUUUCUCCUAACACAGGUGGGUUACUAAAUAGUAGCAUGAAUGGAUAAAAUAAUGGGUCAAGUACUCCUAAUUACAGCAAUAACUAUUACAUAUAAACAUAAGGCGCUUUAUAGAGUUCUACAUUUUAGGGUAGCCCAAAUCAAAAUAAUACAAAGCAAUAUCAACUAGAUUUGCAAGCACCUCGAUAAGCUAAUUCUCCUUUAAGUCAUACAAACAGCUCAUAGAUUUUAAAAACAUAAAACACACUUACUAAUCAGCAAUAAAUGUAAAGCUCUUAAAUUUAGAAUAUUUAGGGACUAAAUGGAAUACCUUAAUACUAAAAUUUAUUCCAACAAACUAAAAAUUUAAAUUCAAGCAAUGGUUAUUAGUAAAAUGGGUUUGUACCUCAUUAGCAAUAAAAUGUGAACUAAUACAAUAUUAAUAACACUGAAUAAUAUAAAGAAAAAAGCCCUAUGAUGACUAGUAAUGUAAAUAACGGAAUAUAAUAUAGCAUGAAUUAAACUGUUAAAAAAAUACCUACUAACAAUAUUCAAAAUACAUACGAGUCUUAGACUCCUAAACCACCUUAGCAAUACCAAUAACAGUAACAAUUUUAGUAGGCUACAAAUAAAAGUCUUUCUCCACUCAAUCGCUCAGGAUAACAGAAUAAAUAUUCAAAUAUGAAUUUUACAAAUUAUGCCUCUAGCAAUAAGUUAGGAAAUUAAAACAAUUUAUAAAAUCCAGAAGAAAAAAAUAAACUAAUAAAUCAAUCCCAAUAAUUUGGUAAAGCAAAUCCUAUAACAUCAAAUCAAAAUUCCUAGCAUGUCAACUAAUCACUACAAGGUCUUCUUACAAAUUAUAACACUAAUUCAAAUUAUUAAUUGUCUUAAAAUAAUUAUACUGGUGGGCUCAAAACCACUUAUUCCACAAACAUUCCUCAAAAGGAUUAAGGAUUAGCAAAUGGAGGAGGAUUAAAAUCAGCCCGUAAUGUUAAAGAACAAAUAAAAUAAAUUGGAAAUACAAUUUCUACAACAUUUACUUCCUCUAAGAAUUUAUAAGCCCCAUAAACAUAAAGAGUUUUCAAAAGUAACGAGGCUGUUGAAGAAAACUCUAAUAACAGGCUUCUCACUUCUCAUUCAUCAUCUUAAAAUAUCAACUAAAGUUAAAAGCAAAUACCCAUUUCAAAUGGUUAUUCUUCCAAUUUCAAAUCACAGACACCAACUCAUUCAAAUAAUCCAACCCCUGCUUCGAUACCUGCUAAUCUUGUAAACAACUCUUAUAGCGAUAUCAAAAAGAAUCAAUAAUCAAACUUCUAAGCUCACUCAACAGAUUCAUCUUUUUAGAAUAAAGUAAAUGAGUAGACUCCAAAGACAGGAUAUCACUAAUUCUCAUCUGAUUAAAAACCAUCCUAUUAGUAGUCUCAAUUCACUUACAUGAGCGGUAUGAAUAAAUCUGCCUCAAACAGUAGAAACAUAUCACCUUAAAAUAUUUCUGUUAAUUUAAGUACAAAUAAUCUUUCAAAUUCUCAUACACCCAGAACUUAAAGCAAAAAUAAUUCUUAAACGGGAUUACCAACAUCGAUUACUUAGUAGUUAUUCAGUCGAAAAUUACAAGAAUAGCGUUAAGUAACAUAAACUAAUGUACCUUAAUCUUAAAUACAAUUAUAAAGUUCUAACAUUAACUUGACUUCUCAAUCAUCACAAACAAAAACUCCAUCAAUUCAAAAGCAAGAGUCUUCACCUAAUGUUUCAAGUUCUAUCCCUUAGUCACCUGCCUAAAUAUAAAACUAUUAGCCUAUGAGUAAUUAAUCCUCAUCUCACAAUUUGGGACAACAGUCAUAAUCAUAAAUAAAUUUCAGUGGAAAGAAACCUACUAGCAGUGCUACUCAUUAAUCUACUCCAACUACUUAAAAUCAACCCAGUUUAACAUCAGAAGUAUCGAGCUCAAUAAAUUAAACUAAUUCAAAUAUAGAAAAAGUAACACAUGUCUAGUUUGACCCAAAUACUAAUAGUACCUAAAAUUUAGAUACAGAAGUAUACGUUUAAGCAUAAACUACCUAAGAAAUUUAGGCUUAGAGUUAAUCACAAAACUUUUAGCAGUGGUGGACUGAAAAAAGAAAUAUCAAUUUACAGUUUAUUUCAUGUGCUAAAUUGAAUAAGCACUAAGAGUGUAUUGGAUACCUCGAUAAGAAAAGAGGUGAAAUGAGAGCUGAGAUUAAUUUUAAAGAUGAAGAGUAAAAUACUGCUUUACAUUAUGCAGCUUAAAAUGGAAAUGCAUAAUUAGUAAACUUUUUACUUUUCAACGAAGCAAAUAUUGACAGUCAAAAUAAAUAGCUUAUAACACCUUUAAUGUUUGCUUGCAAAGAAGGCCAUGAAGAUGUGUGCUAACUGUUGAUAACUGCAGGGGCAGAUAUAAAUAAUUUUGACUCUAAAGAAAACACAGCACUUCACUAUGCUUCAAUCAAUUGCCAUAAAAAGGUAGUAGAUAUCCUAUUAAGGAAACCUUCUUUAUUUUUCAAAAAGAAGAACUUAAACAAUUAAGAAGCAUAUCAAUUAGCAGGUAAUGAUGAAGUUAAAAAAGCUUUCGAAAAUUUCUUCCAGUUAUAGAAAUAGCUUUUGCAAAGUUAACAAAAGUUGCAAAUUCAUGAUGUACAAUCAUAAAAUGUAUAGUAAAUGUUCUAAAAAGUACCAAAAAGCAACAAUCCUGAAAUAUAAGUUGAAAAUAAGAGCAAUGGUGUUUAUAAAAAAUCUUCAGAAAACGACAAUAAAAGCUCAAUCAAUGAAAAAACUAGCACUUCAGAUGAAAGCAAAAGUUCAUUUGGAGCCUAAGAGGAAAAAGUAGGGCCUACUGAUUUUAUCGUUCAUGGGUUAAUAGGAAAAGGUUCAUUUGGAGAAGUUUACUUAGUUGAAAAGAAGGGAUCUCAAAUGCUCUAUGCCAUGAAAGUGCUCCAUAAAUCUAAAAUUAUUCGUCAUAAUUUAACUAAGUAUGCUAUGACAGAAAGAAAUGUAAUGUCUCUUACAAAUCAUCCUUUUAUUGUUAAGCUUAAUUAUGCCUUUUAAACAAGUGAUAAACUAUUUUUGAUUAUGGAUUAUUGCCCAGGAGGUGAUUUAGGAGAGCAUCUACAAAAGGAAAAAAAAUUUUCAGAAGAACUUGUUAAAAUUUAUCUUGCAGAAACUAUUUUAGCUUUAGAAGAUUUGCACAAAAGAGACGUAAUAUUUAGAGAUCUGAAACCUGAUAAUAUUGUGUUGGACUAUGAAGGACAUGUCAAAUUAACUGAUUUUGGUCUUUCCAAAGAAGGUGUACUCGAUCAUUCAUCUGGUGCACGCUCAUUUUGUGGUUCAGUGGCUUAUUUGGCACCUGAAAUGCUAAAAAGAUGUGGACAUGGAAAAGCAGUCGAUUGGUAUUUAUUAGGUGUUGUUAUGUAUGAGCUUCUAGUAGGUAUUCCACCAUAUUAUGCUAACAACAGGGAUGAACUCUUUUACAACAUUGAAAAAGCUCCUCUCAAAAUUCCUUCAUAUCUUUCAAAUGAAGCUAGAUCUCUCUUAAAAGCACUACUUUAGAGAAACCCAGCUAAAAGAUUGGGUUCAGGUAAAGGUGAUGCAGAAGAAAUUAAAGCCCAUCCUUUCUUUGGUGAUGUUGAUUGGAAUACCGUGUAUUAAAGAAAACUUAAACCUCCUAGACCAAAUAGAAAGAUCAGAAUAAGUACAAAAUUUGAUCCAAAUUUAUUCUCAGAAACUGAUUAUAAGGGAGAUAAAGACUAUAUUGCUGGAUGGUCAUUUGUUUCUCCUUGA